AUGUACACUCGGAAUAAUCGCUUCGAUGAAAUGGAGCCAAUAAAUAAAACACUGGAGCUGCUGGAAUCGCUGCCAGUUGAAGAACUUCCGGAUGGACAGAAGGACGAAAUUCGCGAAAUCCUAAAGAAUCUGAAGAAGGUUGAGGAAGAGGCCCAGGCUCGAAUCGCCGUGACUAGAGAAAACGACAACAACCCCAAGGCCUUCGAGGGUGAUUUGAAGAUUGAGAAGAUGUUCCAGGUGGCUGAAGAGAGGGUAGAAGAGCUGCUCGGAAAAACGAACGACCGACCGAACCCGCUAUUUGGUGCUAUUGAAAGGCGUCUGGAUGGCCAGCCAGAGAGUUCCGCAGCCUCAGAUCAGGACGAGGACAUUGCCGUACUGGGAGAGAAAAUGAAUACCGUCGAUCCGAUUUCUAAGCAGCCGAUCAAAAAGCCUAUUAAGAACAGGGGUUGCGGCCACAUCUACGAUGAAUCGGUGAUUACCGCAUGGUUGCAAACAGAGAAACGGGCGGAUAAACGACCGCGAUGUCCGGUCAGCGGUUGCGGUAACAAGAAAACGCUGACGCAGCGUGACUUGUUCGACUUUCCGCAAUAUUUCGACUUGCUCGAGGCACAACAAAAGAAUAUCGUAGACGACGACGAGGAGAUUUUUACUCCUCAGCCGCCAGGGCCUCGUGUCGGCGCCGUUGUUCGGGAAGUCGGGCCACCAAGCCGGAUUCACACCGGGCAGCCCAAGACCCCCCCUCCCCGCGAGCAGCUACCGGAACUCACCGUCGUGCCCUCCGAGACUGGAGUUCCCCCGAAGCACCCGCGCGAACUGAUCGAUGCCAUCGCCGUCCCGGCCGUCACCCCGCAGCGCGAGAAGCGAGAGGAUGGCGUCCCUUCGCCCGACGAUCUGCUGAAGAUGAUGGAGGUGGCCGAACGUGCUAGAAACAUCGAAGGGUUGAAAGAGGUGACGCCGGCUGUUCAGGGAGAGGUACACGCGCCACCUACCCGUUGCCGCCGCCCGCCCGUGAAGCGAGAGCAAUUGAUCGCCCAGCUCGGCUUCUUCGUGAACGAAGUUCCAGCGGUAGGAAGGCAUCUUCGAGCUCGUUACUUUGGUGUUGUCAAGGAAUCCAUCGCUACCAUCACCGAAGUGGCGCGCCAAGUCACCGGGCGCAUGUGGCUGUCACACGGACAGACAUUCCCGGCUACUUCUACGUAUGGGGCUCCCGAAAUCUAUCUGGAACUGAAGCUCCUUGGAUGGUACAGCUCAGAAGAGCAACUGAAAAUGCGGGCCAAUCUCCUGGCCGCUCGGCCGCUGUUCGCGAGCCAUGAUCUGACGCUCACCAUCGCGAACAUCGGCGAACACACCAGUGUCCAGAGCGAGGCGGGCCCAUCUGAAAGCACCCAGCGGUGCCCGGUCAAGCAAAGGGAGCCAAAUCGAUCCCCGGAAGUCAACAAGCCAGAACCAGCGACGACGUCACCCGCUACCGAUGGAGGGACGAAGAAACACUGUGGCAACUGUGUCCGUCUCCUGGGAGCCGAUCACAAGGGCCGCCGCUUCGGCUCCUUGAUUUGCUCCACCUGCAAGACCAUCAGCUUCAACUUGCACGCCGACCAAGGAGACUGUCUCCAGACCCCUGUUUGCCAACACUUCCACCAGCAAAUGCUGAAGCCGGAGGCUCUGCGCGACCUCAGCUUCAUCAAUGCGGGCUGCAAGAAAUGUUUGGCCGUCAAGUUGGAAUACAUGAAGUCUCAACACGACAUCGAGAAGCAGCGCAUGACAAGCCGCACCCAGGACGCCGGCCAGACGGACAGGGACCGUCAGUGGCUCGGUGAUGAGGAAGACAGCCGCGACAAGGCCAAUCGCGAAGACGUCGACAGCACCGGCGUUGACACC